AUGUCGAAAAACUCCGAUGAUACAUCAUUGUUUCUAUUAUUAUUUUCAGUUAGAAACGUGUUCAAGACGUUCAUCGUUCCUUGUAGUAUCCGUUCCGCUCACUUUUUCGAUUUUUUGAAUGGUUUUUUCACAAAUUUAUAUACUUGACUUCUAAUCCCGAGAAUUUAGUUGAUCCUCGUUUUGAAAGGAAAUGCCCUGGAUUACUUGGUUAAAACACGGGGCAAUAGGUUCUCCAGGUAAUUCGAGGCCUCUCGGUGCAGUAAAAUUUCUCUUUUCAGGUAUUUUCUUCGAUCGUUGCAGCAGAGUUCGGUAAUCGCUGGUGCCGAGACCUGGGGCGCUAGGCCGAGAGUCCUCUUUCCCCUCCGAGCAGCCAUGAGCGGGGGCCCGUGUGCUGGUCCGAAGUUAAGGCGGGUGAACGAGGUCCCCAACGUGGGUAAUGUAGCGAAAGCUCGCCUCUAUACCGCGGUCGGCACUAUGGUUCCGGCUUAA